AUGACUUAUUUUCUGGAUCGCCUCGGGAAAAAUAAGACCAAACAAACUCCCCUGAAAGUCAUCACCACCCUGCCUACCUGUCCAUCUCCUGCUCAACAGAAAGCAUUGAAACGAAACAGUAAAACAUGGAGUCGUUCCAGUUCCAUAUCCAGAAACAUGCCUACCACACAACCAACCUCUCCUACAGAAGUCAAUCUGCUCUUUGACCAAAUGCUGGAGAGACGCGGAAUUCACGAUGAGAAUGUUCAAAAGCACAUGCAAUCAUGGGAUGCAAGCAAGAAAUGGCUAAUGAUUCAUCAAGACAAAGAAGCAGAACAACUAAUGUUGGGUCACCACGACGAAAGACAACCAAGUUCAACGCCUCUCCUGAGUGUCCUUGCCGAAAAGGCUGGACAUGUGUAUGCGGCUACCUUGGAAGCAACUACUCCUUGGUCAGCAACCAGCGGACGUGCACGAUUUACUCAAAGCUAUGGGCAGGGGUUGAGUCCUAUUACACGUGCAGAGAGGAGCGAACUUGGGCUGGAAGAACAUAUGACUUCAGAUCCCAAUUCACCCGUCUUUUUUAUCCAGAUGUUGAUGAUCACUCGAAAGCGCGUCGUAACUCCUAUUGCAGUUUCACGACUAGAAGUAAGCCUACGAACCCAUCCGAUUAGUUGGGUCAGCCAGUUUAUUGAUCUAAAGGGGUUUCGUGUACUUACAAAUGCCCUUGAAUUCAUGCAUCGUAAGCAAGAAAGGGCAGAAGAAGACAACGACGUUGAAAUCGAGAUUGUCAAAUGUAUCAAAGCAUUAUUAAAUACAAAAGCCGGCGUUCGAGAAGUUAUAGCUUAUCCUAACCAUAUAUACCCAGUAAUAUUUUGUCUAUACCGAUCCCACUGGCAAACUCGCAAAUUAGUAUGCGAGCUUCUUGCAUUCCUCUGUUACUGUCAUCCGCGCGGAUACAAAGAUGUCUUGGAUGGAUUUGAGCUCUUGAAAAUAUAUCAGCAAGACUUGGUUUUAUUCGAGUCAUGGCUUAAAGGCUUUGAACGAAUAAUUAUUGAUUAUAAACAAGGAGAAGCUCCUUGGUCACUAAGGGAAGAAUCUGGGAAGACAGGCGAUUUGAACAUGUCAAGCAAUCAUCUGAUGGAGUAUGCGGUCUCCAAUAUGAUACUCGCAAACGCACUUACAAAAGUGUCCAAACACACACAUUGCCAAAUUCGUAUACGAAACCAACUCAAUGCAUGCGGGAUGCAAACACAAAUAUUGCCUUUGUUGGAUACCCUUAAUUACCCUUUAUUGACUCUCCAGAUUGAAUCCUUUCGACUUGUAGCUGACAAUGAUUUUGAAGACGCGUUUGGGGACGAAAUGUCUCUCUUUUCUGACGUUUCAGAGCCAUCCGAACUAUUUAACCAUGUACUGAUAAACCUAGAAGACGCACCAGAGGCAAUGGAGUAUCUCAAGAAUAUUCUCCGUAGUAUGAUCCUAGUAAAAGGAGAAACAGACUGGAAAUCUAACGAAAUGGACCCCCAAAUUUCUACAAGAACACACAAUUAUCAGGCCAUGAGUUCAUCAAUAGCAGAUAUUGUGAUGGGUCGCUCAGAAAGUUCUUCUUCUGAUACAUGUAGUACUCUAAACAGUAUUCCAGUUGGAGAUCUAAUACAGAAAUACAAUGACAUUGGUAGAAUGAAUUACAUGGAAAAAGAGUCUGCUGAGGUGAGACAGCGUAUGAAUGCCGCCUUUUCCGAAAAGCAUGAAUUGGAAUAUGAUAUCAAUUCCUUAAAAAAACCAACAGCCUCGAACUCCAAUACAACUAUCAAAUGUUAUGAGUUAAAACAGGAAGAAGAGCUUAUGCAGAUGAGAAAUCAAGUUAAUGUCUUUGUUGGUAUCCUAAAACAGCAUGGCUUGCUUCCAGAACUUGACAUUGGGCGAAAAGGAUCAGUAAAAUCAAGAACAAAAUUCAUGUCCAAAGCAACGAAAGAAGACUCAUUACAAAAUAAGAGCUUGAAAGACAACAUACAGCUAUCAAGAUCAACAUCCAAAUCAACCAGAGCAGAUUCUAAGGAACCACAGUUACCUUUACGCCCUCAUCCGUAUCCACCCCCACCACCGCCUCCAUUUCCCAUGAGAAACCGUAUUCAAUGCAGUCUUGGAUGUAUCACCAGCAUAGUAUCAUACAAAGUGUGUGUAUUUGUGUUAAAAUAUACUUUUACUGGUUAUCAGGAUAUGAAGCGUCUAGAAAAAACAUAUCUCUUACAAGUAUGUCCAAAAAAUACUUCAAGGGCAGGACCCAUUGUAUCUUCUGGUCUUAACCGGAAGCAUAUAAAUUAUAUACCAAGCAUAAAGUUAAAAAACCUGCAAUGGAAAAAACUUGAUGCGCAUCGAGUUCAGGAUACUGUGUGGUCUCAAAACACUCUGCAAGACAAUACUCUGGAAAGUAUUCUAAAGGAUACUGGGGUUUUUGAUACGAUCGAAAAGAUGUUCCCAGCCCAGGCUAAUACAUUUCUUGAACGUACACAAAAGAGGAUCCAAGAAGGAAAAUCAGAAAGAAAGUUGAUCAAGUUUCUUUCCAAAGAAAAAAGUCAAAAGAUCAACAUUGCAAUUCUUUCAAAGAUAAAGCGUGUACCAUCUUUUGGGCACGUACGUAGACAGAUACUCUGUUUUGACAAGGAGUUAUGUACGGAAACAUUUCUGGGAAACUUGCUGGCUUGCUCUCCUAGUAGAGAUGAUAACACCAAAAUAAUGGAAAUAUAUACCAAGAAGUCUGAAAGAGAAUGUGAGGAUUUAGACCUUCCAGAACAGUUUACGAUUGAGAUGCAAAAAAUAUACCGCUUCGAAAGCAGAAUUCGAUUUAUGAUUCUAAAAGUUCAAUUUUGGGAAAGAUAUGAUCAUCUGGUGAAGAGCAUGUCAUUAAUUAUUGAUGCCUCAGAAAAAUUGAAGCAAUCGGAAAAUAUGAAAGAGCUUCUACACCUUAUUCUAAUGGUAGGAAACUUUAUGAACGCCUCAAGCUUCCAGGGUGGAGCUUAUGGAAUGCACAUUGCAAGUUUGAACAAGUUGGUUGAUACAAAAGCAUCAAAGACAUCAAGCCUGAGUUUAUUGCAUAUAUUGGUUGGCAUUAUCAGACGUCAAUUCCCGCACCUUUUGGAUAUAACGGAUGAGCUGAAGGAUGUCAGACAAGCGGCUCGUGUGAUGGCUAGUGUGCAGGAUCUUGUUCAGCAGUACACAGAACUAUGUCAAGGCUUAAAGGAUUUGAAGGAAGAGCUAGAAGCACACUGGAAAGACGUACAGUUACCAAGCGAAGACUUUUUUGAACAAAUCAUGAGAGAACAUUCGAACCAUGUAUCCGAUUAUGUUAAUCGUCUCAAGAGCGUCUAUUUACGUAUGGAUGAGGCAUGGAAAGAUACAAUGGCGUAUUAUGGUGAAAGCAGUAAAGACAUGCGUCCAGAUGAAUUUUUCAAUGUUUUUGCAACAUUUGUAACACACUGGAAGGAUGCACUAGUGGUAGAAGAGAAGCACACUAAAAGCAGAGCUUGCGAAGAAAAGCACAAUUUCAGCGAAAUUCAAAGAAAAGAAUUGAUUAAUAGAAAUAACAAGUCAAAAUUUGAGGCUACAGCAUCUUCAGAUAUGUACUUUGAUCAGAUGGGAGAUGACAGGAGAGUUAUGGACAAUUUGAUAGAAAAGCUAAGAACAGGUGAAGGCGAGCGUCGCUCCCAUCAGCGCAAAAAGAAUCACCACAGAACAGCUGCAGGAAAUCACAACAAGGAGGUUCUGCGUUUACCGUUGACGGCAAACUGCCUUGAGAACGUUUUAGGGUCUGGUCGCUCAGACUCUACAGAAAUCAUACAAACAGCCGAAUUUCUUUUACAGACUUUACAUGACGAAUAA